GCAAAGAAGAUGAACGGGACCCUGGACCACCCGGACCAGCCCGACAUCGAUGCCAUCAAGAUGUUCGUUGGCCAGAUCCCACGGUCCUGGGCAGAGGAACAGCUGCGGGAGCUUUUUGAGCCUUACGGCGCCGUCUACGAAAUCAAUGUGUUGCGUGACAGGAGUCAAAACCCCCCACAGAGCAAAGGUGACAGUGCUGUAUUGAGUUCUUCACGAGAGGUGUCCAUUACACUUCCCCCCUCACCCUAUCCAGAAUUCCCUGCCUUUUUUAUAUAUAUAUAUUGGCUGUGUUACUGAAUUCUCUGGAAUCCUCUUCUCGAUAGCUAAACAACGCUUAGUCUGUGUAUUUGCGGGAUUCUCUACUUUACUUCUACCUCCCUCCAAACAAGCAGGACUCAGACAGGCAGUCGAAUUAGCGAUUGAAUGUUCUUUUUUUUCAUUAUCAUUGCAAACAUUGGCUUAGCUGGAGGAAGAUGGGCAGUCAAAAUGGUAGUGUUCUUUUUUCAGUUUUUUAACAGAUGUAUGUUAUUUGUGGUUAAAACGCAGAGAGUUUUUGCUCCAGUGCAAUGUGUUGACCGCGCCCUACUUGUGCUACUGCAAUAUCCUUAUUUACAACAGCCCGAGAAGGUUGUAGCCUACAUCCUAAAUUAGCCUACAAAAUAUAUAUAUAUUUUGGGAAUGUUUGUUCAAGUCUCAGGUUUUUAUAUCAGCUGUUCAGAAAUAUGAGACUCGGAUGUAGGCUAGCCUACAUCAUGUCGAUCAAUUGGUUGAUAGGAAGGGUUCAGAAGAGGGAGAGAAACGUGAAGGGAGGGGGAUGUGUGCGUAAAGUAACACAUGUACAGAAUGUGUUCUUUAGCUCUGGGGAAGAGGCUGCCGGCGGGGACUGGGGUGGUUACCUUCGGUCACGCAGCCUUAGCCUUUUUAAUAAAGGAGGCAUAGAUGGCCCACCAAUACUCUAUCAAUGUCAUUUUGUAAUUGAGUAACAUUUACCUUGUCUAACAACAGUCUAUAUCCCCAUUCCAAACAGGUUGUUGUUUCAUAACAUAUUACACUCGCAAAUCAUCAUUGGAAGCACAAAAUGCCCUUCACAACAUGAAAAUUCUUCCAGGGGUGAGUAGGUUUGGUAGACGUUUUGAACUUCCUCAGUAAAUCGAAUAGGCAAUGUAUUGGGUAGCUUGCCAGAUUGUAGUACAACAACAGUCAGUACUGCUGUUCAGCUUUUAUCUCGAGAGAUGUAGGGCCCUAUAAAAUCGGUUGUAUUUUUUUCCUGAUUACGUUUAGUUUUUUCCCCAAAUUCCGUUUUCUCCAUUUGUUUUUCCAGGUUUCCAUUUCCCGCUGUUUUUUUUCAGGUUUUCCCUCUCAAAAUCAUCCUUCUUUAAAUAGAAAACAACUAAUGGGAUGUUUCUAAGUCCACAACAAUGGUUAAACCACAUCAGGAGACUGAUUUUGAGGUCUGGAUCUUUUGUGUUGUAUUUACCCUUUUAAUUUCCAGUGGCACCUAGGGAGAGGCUGUUGUUUAGCUGUUUUUGUAGAGCACGUGAUGAUAGUUUACAAAACAAAUACUGGAUUGAUGCAAAUAAUGAUAUUUUUCUGCCAGUUAAGCAUAGGCUACAUUGUAGUUAACAUUUAAUUGAGAAGGUUUUUGGGAAAGCCUUUCCAUCUACCAGAACACCGCACAUACAGUCAGGGGGAAUUCUCGUUGCCUCUUCAGGAAGUUGCAGGAAAUACGCAUUACUGAUGCAUUCUGUUCAUGUCUUAUGAUAAACUUGUGCAAAUGUAAAUAAUUUUCAAUACAAUUAGUUGAUUCCCUGCUAAGUUCAAUACAAUAUUGUUGAAUUCCGUUUUCAUGUCUGGAUUCCGUCUGUGUUCUCCGCAUCGCAGAUUUUAUAGGGCCCUAGAGAUGCCAACCACACAUAUUCAUUUAAACCUACCAAGGCAGUCUCUGUCAGCGCUUCUUGCUUCCUUUAAAUUCAAUGUCUUUCCUCACCAGAUGCAUCACCCCAUUCAGAUGAAGCCAGCUGACAGUGAGAAGAAUAAUGGUGAGUAUAGCUACAUCUCUGCAGGCAGGGGAGACUGUUGGAUGGUGUGGUAAUUUGUUUUUAUGUUGAAGCCCUAUCUCUUAGAAGCUGCCCUUGUUGUUGUAUGUUGUCUCUAAUGCAGUUACUCAUUGUUUGAUGAAACAACCUUUUCUUCUUCAUUGUCUUAUUCAGCGGUGGAAGACAGGAAGUUGUUCAUAGGAAUGAUAUCGAAAAAGUGUAAUGAGAAUGACAUCAGACUUAUGUUCUCGCCGUACGGACAGAUUGAGGAAUGUAGAAUACUACGUGGGCCGGAUGGACUGAGCCGUGGUGAGGCAGAUUCAGUUCACCUUUCAUCCUCAUCAUCAUCCACACACACCUUCAACAAGACGCACCCAAACACACAUACACAUUUACUCUAUCAGUUAUACUAUGAGGACUAGUCAUUGUUUUAACAUUCAUCUCUCUACAUGCGGUACAUACACUCCCACACACUCACUCUAAAAUAGUUGCAAACAGAUGGGUGAUAAGUCAUUACUCUCAUUUGUCCUUUUAUGUACAAAUCUCACACAUCUUCCAUACAAAUCCUUUCACAGAAAAUGUGACAAUCUCAAGGUCAUCACUUGAUCAUUCUAGAUGUAGCAUAUUGACUAAGUUCUAGUAAUUGAUGAUCCACAUAUCGGUUUGACACUGUUCCAAGUGUGUUUUUUGGGGGCUGUUUAACUAAAUCAAGAACUUACCAGACUCCAUAACAUGCUGCAAUCUGGGCUGUAUGCUUUCCAUGAUCUGUUUCUAAAUGCUGUCAGGAGUCAGGACCGUGUAUGUCAACCAUUUACGAGUUGUUCCCCUUCUGCAGGUUGUGCGUUUAUCACUUUUACAGCAAGGCAGAUGGCACAGUCAACAAUCAAAUCGAUGCACCAAUCACAAACUAUGGAGGUAAGCAUUGAACCUGCACACCUCCCAUCCCUCUGAAACAGAGAAUCUACACUGAACAAAAAUAUAAACGGAACAUGUAAAGUGUUGGUCCCAUGUUUCAUGAGCUGAAACAAAAGAUCCCAGAAAUGUUCCAUACGCACAAAAAUAUUAUUUCUCUAAAAAUGUGUGGACAACUUUGUUAGCAUUUCUCCUUUGCCAAGAUAAUCCAUCCACCUGACAGGUGUGGUAUAUCAAUAAGCUGAUUAAACAGCAUGAUCAUUACACAGGUGCACCUUGUACUGGGGACAAUAAAAGGCAAUUUCGAAAUGUGUAGUUUUGUCACACAACACCACAGAUUAUGGUAUGGGCAGGCAUUAGCUACGGACAAUGAACAAAAUUGAAUUUUAUAGAUGUCAGUUUGAAUGCACAGAGAUACCGUGACGAGAUCCUGAGGCCCAUUGUCGUGCCAUUCAUCCACCGCCAUCACCUCAUGUUUCAGCAUAAUAAUGCACGGCCCCAUGUCACAAGGAUCUGUACACAAUUCCUGGAAGUUGAAAAUGGCCCAAUUCUUCCAUGGCCUGCAUACUCACCAGACGUCACCCAUUGAGCAUGUUUGGGAUGCUCUGGAUUGAUGUGUGCAUCAGCGUCUUCCCGCCAAUAUCCAGAAACAUCGCACAGCCAUUGAAGAGGAGUGAGACAACAUUCCACAGGCCAUAAUCAACAGCCUGAUCAACUCUAUGCGAAGGAGAUGUGUCGCGCUGCAUGAGGCAAAUGGUGGUCACACCAGAUACUGACUGUUUUUCUGAUCGACGCCCCUACCAUUUUUUAAGGUGUCCGUGACCAACAGAUGCAUGUCUGUAUUCCAGGUCAUGUGAAAUCCAUAGAUUAGGGCCUAAUAAAUGCAUUUCAAUUGUCUGAUUUCUAUGAACUACAACUCAGUAAAAUCUUAGAACUUGUUGCAUGUUGCGUUUAUAUUUUUGUUCAGUAAAACAUAACCUGCUGUUAUCCUCUGCCUUGCUUACAGUUGAAGUCGGAAGUUUACAUACACCUUAGCCAAAUACAUUUAAACUCAGUUUUUCACAAUUCCUGACAUUUAAUCCUAGUAAAAAUUCCCUGUCUUAGGUCAGUUAGGAUCACCACUUUAUUUUAAGAAUGUGAAAAUGUCAGAAUAAUAGUAGAGUGAUUUUAUUUCCGCUUUUAUUUCUUUCAUCACAUUCCCAGUGGGUCAGAAGUUUACAUGCACUCAAUUAGUAUUUGGUAGCAUUGCCUUUAAAUUGUUUAACUUGGGUCAAACGUUUCGGGUAGCCUUCCACAAGCUUCCCACAAUAACUUGGGUGAAUUUUGGCCCAUUCCUCCUGACAGAGCUGGUGUAACUGAGUCAGGUUUGUAGGCCUCCUUGCUCGCACACGCUUUUUCAGUUCUGCCCACAAAUUUUCUAUAGGAUUGAGGUCAGGGCUUUGUGAUGGCCACUCCAAUACCUUGACUUUGUUGUCCUUAAGCCAUUUUGCCACAACUUUGGAAGUAUGCUUGGGGUCAUUGUCCAUUUGGAAGACCCAUUUGCGACCAAGCUUUAACUUCCUGACUGAUGUCUUGAGAUGUUGCUUCAUUAUAUCCACAUAAUUUUCCUUCCUCAUGAUGCCAUCUAUUUUGUGAAGUGCACCAGUCCCUCCUGCAGCAAAGCACCCCGACAGCAUGAUGCUGCCACCCCCGUGCUUCACGGUUGGGAUGGUGUUCUUCGGCUAGCAAGCUGCACCCUUUUUCCUCCAAACAUAACGAUGGUCAUUAUGGCCAAACAGUUCUAUUUUUGUUUCAUCAGACCAGAGGACAUUUCUCCAAAAAGUACGAUCUUUGUCCCCAUGUGCAGUUGCAAACCGUUGUCUGGCUUUUUUAUGGCGGUUUUGGAGCAGUGGCUUCUUCCUUGCUGAGCGGCCUUUCAGGUUAUGUCGAUAUAGGACUCGUUUUACUGUGGAUAUAGAUACUUUUGUACCUGUUUCCUCCAGCAUCUUCACAAGGUCCUUUGCUGUUGUUCUGGGAUUGAUUUGCUUCUAAAGCCAUGACAUCAUUUUCUGGAAUUUUCCAAAUUGUUUAAAGGCACAGUCAACUUAGUGUAUGUCAACUUCUGACCCACUGGAAUUGUGAUACAGUGAAUUAUAAGUGAAAUAAUCUGUCUGUAAACAAUUGUUGGAAAAAUUACUUGUGUCAUGCACAAAGUAGAUGUCCUAACCAACUAUAGUUUGUUAACAAGAAAUUUGUGGAGUGGUUGGAAAACGAGUUUUAAUGACUCCAACCUAAGUGUAUGUAAACUUCCGACUUCAACUGUAUAUGAUCGGUUGGCUAAAGGGCCCAUUACUCAAGUAAUGCCAUUUUGAAAUUGCUGUUAUCGUGCUAGAGGAAUAUCGAAGAUAGUUUUCAAAUGACACCAUUUGUUGUCUGUCCCGACUUUUUAGGGCUGCUCGUCUCCCAUCGUAGUUAAGUUUGCCGACACGCAGAAGGACAAGGAGCAGAAGCGCAUCGCCCAGCAGCUUCAGCAGCAGAUGCAGCAGCUCAACGCUGCCUCAAUGUGGGGGAAUCUGACCGGGCUCAACUCUCUGGGCCCACAGUAUCUGGCAGUAAGUGACCACCUCCUCCUGCACGAUCCACAGCAGAGUUUUGGAAAGGCCCGUGGCUUCAAGCCCUUGUUAAUGUUCCAGUUUAGAAAUUGACUGAUUUUUAGGUUAAAAUUUCCAGAGUUAGGAAUUCAGGACAAAGCUUAGCUUGUUUGUGUUUGCAAGCAAAUUAAGGUUUGGGCUGCAAUUGGCUACAAUCUGAGGUUUGUUCUAGAAAGAUGAGGGUUACAGCUGGGACACAUUAAAGUGCACUGCUGUUGGGCAGACUGGUUUAGACAGUCUCUAGAUCAGGGGUGUCAAACACAUUUUUCCCCGGGGGCCGCAUCCGGUCUACAUAGAGGUCCGGAGGGACGCACUGAAAAUGUGUUAUUUCAUCGGCGUCAAAAUUGAAUGUAGGUCCAAUAUCAUUUCUACACAGUUUCGAUUCGGUUUUAAUGAUUUAAAAGUAUAUUGAGUUCGCAGUGUGGUGCCAGGUAAACAACCUCUCCCUCAAAGCCGGCAAGACAAAGGAGCUGAUCAUGGACUACAGGAAACGGAGGGCCGAACACGCCCCCAUCCACAUCGAUGGGGCAGUAGUGGAGUGGUUCGAGAGCUUCAAGUUCCUCGGUGUCCACAUCACUAAGGAGUUAUCAUGGUCCACACACCAACGCAGUCGUGAAGACGGCACAACAAUGCCUCUUCCCCCUCAGGAGGCUGAAAAUAUUCGGCAUGGGCCCUCAGAUCCUCAAAAAAUUCUACAGCUGCACCAUUGAGCAUCUUGACUGCCUGCAGCACCGCUUGGUAUGGCAACUGCUUGGCAUCCAACCGCAAGGCGCUACAGAGGGUAGUGCGUACGGCCCAGUACAUCACUGCGGCCGAGCUCCCUGCCAUCCAGGACCUUUAUACCAGGCGUGUCAGAGGAAUUGGCCCUAGAAAAGACUCCAGCCACCCAAGUCAUAGACUGUUCUCUCUGCUACCGCACGGCAAGCGGUACCGAUUAGGGUUGAAUGGCGGGAACCCGGUUAUUGAGAUUUACUGCCCAAAACCACUCCCUUUUCCUGGGAUAAAUAACUGUGAGAAACCGGUAAAUUAUCAUAAAUUAUUUAUAUCAACAGCAUGACAUGAAAUGGAACUGUUAAAUUAUAUGCAAUGUCUAAAUCUUGCUUCUCUGCGGUCUUCUCUCUGCUCUCUGUAUGAUCAAUCAUCAACGCUUAUGUUGGGGACAGACAGCCCAUCUCAGUAUGGAGCGCAGUUCACAAUGCAUGUAGACCUAUCAUCUCAUCAUGGUAUCUUUUUUCUUGUGACAGGUAGGCCUACAUUUACUGCAGCAUAGCCUAUGCUACAGUAAUAUAAAGACCGAAUGCAUGUCUAAUUUACAUCUGGCUUUCGGGGUCACCUUAUUGUUUUAUUGUAAAUAUGUUGUUAUUGCAGCUGCAGAGUUUUUUAAAACAGCCUAUCACUCGAAUAUUGUUGCCUUGAAUUAGAGCAUGCGUGAGCUGUCUCUCCCUCUCUCCAUCAAUUGUUGCCUACCAAUUCCAUUCAAAUUGCAUCCAAAAUAGAUAAUCCCGUUCAAGAUAUAUAUAAUACACACGCACAUAUACAGUGCAUUCGGAAAGUAUUCAGACCCCUUGACUUUUUCCAAAUUUUGUUACGUUACAGCCUUAUUCUAAAAUGGAUUAAAUAGUUUUUUCCCCCCUCAUCAAUCUACACACAAUACCCCAAAAUGACAAAGCAUAAACAGGUUUUUUUUUUUUUAUGUUGGCUAAUUUAUGUAUAAAAAAAAAAAAUGAAAUAUCACAUUUUCAGACCCUUUACCCAGUACUUUGUUGAAGCACCUUUGGCAGCGAUUACAGCCUUGAGUCUUCUUGGGUAUGAUGCUGCAAGCUUAACACACCUGUAUUUGGGGAGUUUCUCCCAUUCUUCUCUGCAGAUCCUCUCAAGCUCUGUCAGGUUGGAUGGGGAGUGUCACUGCACAGCUAUUUUCAGGACUCUCCAGAGGGGUUCGAUCAGGGUGAAGCCGGGCUCUGGCUGGGCCACUCAAGGACAUUCAGAGACUUGUCUCGAAGCCACUCCUGCGUUGUCUUGGCUGUGUGCUUAGGGGUCAUUGUCCUGUUGGAAGGUGAACCUUCGCCCCAGUCUGAGGUCCUGAGCGCUCUGGAGCAGGUUUUCAUCAAGGAUCUCUCUGUACUUUGCUCCGUUCAUCUUUCCCUCGAUCCUUACUAGUCUCCCAGUCCCUGCUGCUGAAAAACAUCCCCAAAGCAUGAUGCUGCCACCACCAUGCUUCACGGUAGGGAUGGUGCCAGGUUUCCUCCAGACUUGAUGCUUGGCAUUCAGGCCAAAGAGUUGAAUCUUGGUUUCAUCAGACCAGAGAAUCUUGUUUCUCAUGGUCUGAGAGUACUUUAGGUGCCUUUUGGCAAACUCCAAGCGGGCUGUCAUGUGCCUUUCACUGAGGAGUGGCUUCCGUCUGGCCACUCUACCAUAAAGGCCUGAUUGGUGGUUGUCCUUCUGGAAGGUUUUCCCAUCUCCACAGAGGAACUCUGGAGCUCUGUCAGAGUGACCAUCGGGUUCUUGGUCACCUCCCUGACCAAGGCCCUUCUCCCCCGAUUGCUCAGUUUGGUCGGGCGGCCACCUAGGAAGAGUCUUGGUGGUUCCAAACUUCUUCCAUUUAAGAUUGAUGGAGGCCCCUGUGUUCUUGGGGUCCCUCAAUGCUGCAGGCGUUUUUUGGUACCCUUCCCCAGAUCUGUUCCUCUACAUAUUACUGUCUCGGAGCUCUACAGACAAUUCCUUAGACCUCAUGGCUUGGUUUUUGCUCUGACAUGCACUGUCAACUGUGGGACCUUUAUAUAGACAGGUGUGUGCCUUUCCAAAUCAUGUCCAAUCAAUUGAAUUUACAGGUGGACUCCAAUCAAGUUGUUGAAACAGCUCAAGGAUGAUCAAUGGAAACAGGAUGCACCUGAGCUCAAUUUUGAGUCUCAUAGCAAAGGUUCUGAAUACUUAUGUAAAUAAGGUAUUUCUGUUUUUUUAUUUUGAAUCGAUUUGCAAAAAAAUCUAAAAACCUGUUUUUUAAAUCCAGUUUGGAAUAAGCCUGUAACGUAACAAAAUGUGGAAAAAGGGAAGGGGUCUGAAUACUUUCCAAAUGCUCUGUACUUAGCUACAUCUAUGGGCUUUUAUGUUUUUCUGUUGUGCGUAAUGCGCAGUCGCCUAUAUCUCAUAUGUAUUGGAUAACGGCACAAUCAUUUGGGCUUUUUUGGGCUUGGGAUUAUAUGAUUUAUUUUUAAUGUAGGGCUCAUUUAAAUGUAUGGCUCAUCAGGCUCAGGUAGCAUCGGGCUUGAAUUUUCGAUCAAAACUCUAAUCAAAUCCAGACAUAAGACUGCUAAAUAGAUAGUCCGGGUAUGCUAUUUGGUUAACUAUUUAACUGUCUGCAUUGACCCUUCUUGCACUAACUCUUUUGAUCUCAUAUGCUGCUGCUACUGUUUAUUAUAUAUCCUGUUGCCUAGUCACUUUAUCCCUACCUAUAUGUACAUAUCUACCUCAAUUACCUCGUACCCCUGCACAUCGACUUGGUACUGGUACACCAUGUAUAAAGCCAAGUUAUAGUUACUCAUUGUGUAUUUAUUCCUCGUGUUAUUUGUCUUUAUUUGUCUAUUUUUAUUGUUGGGAAGGGCCCGUAAGUAAGCAUUUCACUUUUAGUCUACACCUGUUGUUUACGAAGCAUGUGACAAAUAACGUGAUUUGUUUCAGUUUUGUAUUUAUUUUUAAAAACCACCUGCGGGCCGGAUUGGACCACCUCGCGGGCCAUAUGUUUGACACCCCUGCCCUAGAGCAUUGCCAACUGGAGGUUGUCAAUUUGUUAUAAGACUUGAUUUGACAUAUGGUUUCCAUUGAUUGAACAUGGUUAGUUUUUCCUCGAAAGUAUUCUCCCUGACGUUAGGGAGUAGACCCAUUAUCUGAUUCUUCUGUAUGAGUCUUUGGGCCAUUUCAUAAUGCUUUGACAGGUUAGAUGAAGACCCAUUUUCUGCAUCCAGCCAGCUCCCUCCCUCCUUGCUUGUGUUUGGUUUGCUGUGUUUCUAGACAGAUGUUAGACAUUUAUAUUUGCAUCGUUGCCAAUUAUCUAUGUUGGAUGGCCAUCUAGUCUCAACUCAUCUAAAGACCUGAUAUAUUUUCAAUUGGCUUCUCUAAUUCUGAAUGGGGAGUGGAUCUCCUGACCCUCCAAUUUUGUGGCCAGUCCAAUAUAGACGGCAGAGCUUUCUACAAUGCUGUUAGUGCUGCUCCAUGGGUGUGCUGUGAAAAUCUUCCAACCUCUUCCCUUUCUUCACUGUCUUGCCUUCCAUUUAAAUCCUCUUAACUCCCAUUUCAUCCCACUCAGUGUUUCUCAGCAUCAUGUUUUAUCUGGAUUCGUUUUUUCACCUUCUCUUUUCUCUGUGAUUCUUCCCCUCUCUUCAUCACUAACAUUUACACCUCCACUCUUUCCUGUCCAUUUUCCCUUCAUCUGUCCUCCUCACCCACUUUACCUUUUUUUCUCUCUGCUAUUUAUUUCCUGAAAGCACAGUCCUGGAUGCAGUCCUGACCCUUUGUGUUCUCUGUUUUGGUGUAAUGUCUAGCUUUAUUUACAGCUUCUCCAGCAGUCUGCCUCCUCUGGGAAUGCCCUCAACAACCUUCACCCCAUGUCUGGUAUGUCAGGUAAAAACAAAGACAUUUCCCACCCCUUCCCCCUUUCCAUUCUUACACCUGCACGCUAAAUGUGUUUUCCUCCCACAUCCAACUGCCAUCUGUAAUGUGCUUGGUGAAGAUGUGCAUUAUUGAUACUGCUGCGUGCAUCAUUCUCUGCAUGCCUGAACUCCAAGUCAUUUGUUCAGUGUGUGUUUGUGUCUAGCAGUGGUGAGGGACCAUGUUCAAAUCCUGCUCCUCAUAUAUUAAUCGAAUUUUGAGCUGUAACGCGAUGCCACCAGGAAACUCCAGACGUAAACACUAACAGACAAACUGGUGUUUUUUAUCUGGUUUCUAGCAGUGUGUCUGCUGCAGCGAGUGGCUACUGAUCGAAUUCAUCAUGUCAAAAACUGAGCAAUUAAUGUUUUAAUACCUGAUUUUCAUUCCAAUAUGAUAACCACAGGAUAUGUCAUGGGGCAAGCUACAAUUAUUCAAGAUUUAAAAAGCCUGCUUUAACUUCAUAUUGAAACUUCAUCGAGUUGAUUCAAAAUGUUUACCAAAGUUAGCUCAUUAUCCCUCUUCUUGACUUACCCCACAGAUCACUGCAUUGUUGUAUCUGCUUUCUGUGUGUGUUGGCCAGUGCUCUAGUUGUGUUGAUUGACUAAGCUGCUAUAGAAGUUUGUACUUUUGCCUCCCAUCUCACCCAUUUCGGAUUGUGUUGGAAAGGUACCUGCAACUCUCUGCUUUAAGCUUCACAUGCUGUCAAACAAAAACAGUGAUUGCAUGAUCCUAGUUUGGACUCAGUGUAGCCUAUAUAUAGACCUAAGUGAGAUCUAGGUUCCAUUGCCCGUAUUAAGUGCAGAUUAUGCGUGUGUCUCAGGGCUGAAUGCCAUGCAGAACCUGGCUGCUCUGGCAGCGGCGGCCAGCGCCACACAGGCCACGCCCACGGGCAGCAGCGCUCUCACCACCUCUAGCAGUCCCCUCAGCGUGCUCACCAGCUCAGGUACGGGUACUGGACAUCAGGCACACUCAUCAUGGGACGCCUACAAGGGUUGGUCCCACUUUUUUAUCUCCUUUAUAACCUUUCCUCAUGUUGCCUUCCCAUCCCUAGUCUCUGCAUUCAAUCUGUUCCCUGCUCUGUGAAUUAAGACUUUGAAGUCCUACUAGCGGAGGCAAAUGGUUGCAUUUUCCUCUAAGUGAUUCAUUGUUUUGGGGUUGACUCAUCUCCACAGCAGGAUCGUCACCCACAUCCUGUAACAACAACUCAGGGAACCCCAUGGCCUCCUUAGGGGCGCUGCAGUCGUUGGCCGCAGGGGCUGGAGCUGGCCUCAACAUGGGCUCACUUGCAGGUUAGCGUACUCAAACAUAUUUGUAUGAAUUAAUUUACCACAAAUAUAUUACCUCAAAUGUGAAGAGUGCAUGAUACAUAUACAAGGUAUUCUAGUCCUAAUCUUGUAACAGAGCUCCUGUGUCUAGGGAUGGCAGCCCUGAACGGCGGUCUAGGCAGCGGGGGCCUGUCGAACGGAACUGGUAGCACCAUGGAGGCCCUUACCCAGGCCUACUCUGGGAUCCAGCAGUACGCUGCUGCUGCCCUCCCCAGCCUCUACAACCAGAGCCUGCUCUCCCAACAGAGUGUCAGUGCUGCAGGAAGCCAGAAGGAAGGCAAGUAGGGGGAUGGAGAUGGGGCAUAGAAGGGUUGGACUUUGGGAUGAGGAGAUUUGUGUUAACUCAAAUGUCUGUUCUACAGGGAUCACAUGCUACGCUGUGAUUGAUGUUUGAAUGUAGUACUAGUGCAAGGGAUAUUAAGAGCUUAGGGAUAGGUUAAAUAAUUUGAUGUGACCUUAGUGUGGGAUAUUGGUGAAAAUAUGUAUUGUCACCUACUGAGGGUUCUGUCUUGUUUUAAAUAUGCUGCAACAGCAAGCGACAGUCGGAGCACGGGUAAGAUUGAAUUGCAACACUCUGAAAUGUUUUCACAGUACUAGUUGUUGAAAAUGUCAUUUUAAAAUGAGCUGAAAUCCAUAUCAGAAGGCUCCUCGGAUAACAUUUUGAAAUUCUAUUAAUCUGUCAAAAACAAAAUUGUUGCCUCUGGCUUAGUUGUAUCCAUUGCCAUCUUGUUGUGUCAGACAUUUUAAUAAAUGAUUUCCUGCUCCCUUAAGGCCCUGAGGGAGCCAACUUGUUCAUCUACCACCUCCCCCAGGAGUUUGGAGACCAGGACCUGCUCCAGAUGUUCAUGCCCUUUGGCAACGUUAUUUCCGCUAAGGUGUUCAUUGACAAGCAGACCAACCUCAGCAAGUGUUUUGGUAAGCUGGAGGAUGGGGUAAACAGCACAUCACUAGUAAGGCUGUGUAUAUAGUGUCUUCUUAUUAUGAAGGCAAGGAUUGAUUUGUAUCUUGCAUAUGACUUUUAUCUGGAUUCUCUUACAGGCUUUGUGAGUUACGACAAUCCAGUCUCAUCACAGGCCGCCAUUCAGUCGAUGAACGGUUUCCAAAUUGGUAUGAAGCGACUAAAGGUGCAGCUGAAGCGAUCCAAAAAUGACAGCAAGCCAUACUGAGUGCUUUAUCUCUCAAUUGGACUUGGUUAGGAAAUGUUUUUUUCUGGUAAGUGGAGUGUGAAUAAGAAAGUAAAACCCUGCUGCAAACCCUUACCCUCUCCUCAUUCUUCCCUCUCCCUUUGUGCAUUACAAGAUUACCGCUUUGCUGGGGUCACUCCUUUUUAUUCUCUGUAUUAACAAACGCAAGCAGAAAACAAAAACAACAUGCAUAAUGAUGUUAAGUAUAUGAUUUAGUCAACUGAAACUGGAUACUUACAUUCUGGUUUGGUUUUGAAUUUUUCUUUUUUAAACAAUUGUAUUUUAAAAUUUAAGUUAAGGUGUCAUGAGUUUGCUGUGUAAAAGUUUUAAGUCAUAAUGAUGUUGCACAAUGACAGCCAGUUGCCAAAAUAUCCCCUUGAUUUUUACCCAUGCUCCCAUCACCACCUAAUCCUGCCCCAUGCCCCCUGACCACACUCCAAAUUAAUCCCCUCAUAACCAAACCAUCCGCAUGGUUGCAUUCUUAAACUGAUACAGUACAUUAGGACACUGAGCGUCAUGCAGAGCCUUCAGAAAACUGCCAUUUUGAAAUGAGGAUGGACAGACCAUGCACCGGAUAAUGGAAAGAAAACAAUAGCUGUUUGCCAACUUCAAUUAUCUACAUGUACGCAAGAUCUGACUUCACUCCAGCAGAUGAGCCAUUUAAAAAAAUAUAUAAGUUGCCUGAAAAGUCUAUUUGUGAUGCUGUACCAGGAAUACAUUGCAUACAGUAGGCUUUUACUUAUUAUUUAUAUUUUUGUUUGUUUGUUUAUUUAUUUAUUUAUUCAACAACCAACAAGAAGCUUGAAUUUCUGUUCUCAACGUUAUAUUUUGGAGCAAAAUAUAAUUUUUUACAACUCUGAAUGAAUUGAUUCGUAAGACGUCAGCAGUAUUGCCUUGAAUGGUUUUGUGGGAUAUUUAACUUGCAAACCUCUUGAUUUGUCUCAGGACAAUGUCACAACGCCACACCCUUGCUUCAGGCAUGUAGUGUAGUUUAUCUGAAAUACUUCACCCUUUUUUCAAUUGAAUAUCUGAUAGAGAAUAUGGGGUCCUGCAUCAUUAACAGAUACUGUGCUGAAUGUGUGUGAAGGGAGGAGUAAUUGGGUCCUACUUUAAGUUUUAAUGAACACAGCUGCUAAGGUGUCAUCUGGCUUGAGUAAUUUUAUUCCCCACCUGACAGAUGUGUACAUUUGGCCUUCUGUCUACUGCUUCCCUUCACAGGUCUUUUUAAGUGAGGAACAGUAACUUUAAUAGUGGCAAUAACUUAUAUAGUCUCUACUCUGCCAUGAUCUUUAACUUCAAACGAGCAUUCCGCCCCAUUUAGAAUAUUCACAUUCGAUCGAUUUCCUUUCUGUUUUUAGCUGUCAGUUCAAGUAGAACAUCAGUCCUACUUCUAACACUAAAUGGAAUAUCACUUGGCAUUUUAGGCUUGCAGCAAUAGUGAGUGUCCUGGAAAAGAUGUUCAAAAAGUACAACAUUGGGGCCUUUCGAAGUUAACAUUUGUCAGAUUCAUCCUAAAUUAUCCAAUCAUCUACUAAUUACUGAUGCAAAAAUAAUGCUCUAAGUAGAUAUUAUAAUUUAUUUUAUUAUUAUGUUUUAUCCUCUGUGUUAACCAAAAUGUUUUGUAAUUAUUCAUCAUCCGCAGUUCAAGUAGUCUGCUCUACCUCUCAGAGCUGGUUAGAUGAGACUACUCCCUCAAAAUACUGGCUUCCCUGCAGAUUUUUAUUCCAGUGUUUGUAUUUAUUAUUGACUAAAAACGCUAGCAUUUCAUGAUUGGCGACGUUAAAUAAAUGUGAAUCACUACAACAAACACAGUAAUCAGUUUCUUAGACUUCCAUUAACUUAUGAAGUGUUUCAAUAGCAAUGGAAAGAAACAAUUGUCCAGAUGAUGUAUAUUACAAAACUAUUAUGCCUUUUCUAUUUUUAUAGAGGUUUUAUACUUCUCCCGAGUGUCGGGAACUAUUUAUUGCCUACGUUAUUUCUCUGAAUUAAAAUGAUUGUUUCAAGAAUCUUCAACAGUAUUUUGUAGAAUCCUAAUGUGACGUUGGUUACUACAUUUAAAUAUGUGAGGUUUUAACUACUGACCUGUGUAGCCCUAUUCAAGUGUUUAUUGUUAAUGUGCCAGAAGUGACAAUUUUGUAUGGAACUGUCAGUGAGUAGGAUUUGCCAGUGCUGCUAAAGAUUUCGAAACUGUAGUCCCCUUCCAUUUUAAGAAUGGAACAUAUUACAGGGAAAAUCAAUAUUUAUUUGAGUUCAACCUAGAUGUGUGCCUAUUUAACUAUCAUUUCCAUGUGCAUAACAAUACCAACUGAGAAAAUAGGCUUAAGCAGGGUUAGUGCAGGGUUAAGUCCAGGAUAUUUGCUGCCAUUAAAAUAAGUCCAAAGACUGAAUCUCAACUGAUGGGGGCACAUAGUUGUUAGUUGUUAUUGUACAUUAACUAAACCAUCACUGUAUACUUUGCUGUACAUCUCGUACAUUUUUUUUGUAUGAAAGGCAUCGUUCAGAGUAAGCGUACAGAAGUGGAAUCCUUAAGAAUAGUAGCAGAUUAUGGUAGAGAACAUGAGAAGAUGCCAAACAGACUAAUGUAGUCUUAAAGUUUUAUAGCUUCAACUUUUUUACUCAUUUGUUAUAUCAAAUGUCUGAAGUUUGUUUGCGCUGUCUUUACUUACCCUUUCUGUAUUGUAUUGACAAACUGCCUCCUUAUUUAAAAAGAAAGUUACCUCCUUGCCACUUAAAGUACAGAUACUGUACUUCACUCAGUUUUGUAGUGUGCCCUCGAGAAAAGCUCCUUUGCUGUGGAUAUAAGUUAGCUGCAUUGUAUUGCAUAUGUUGGAAUUAUGAACAGAUAAAGCACAAAACCAAAAGAGAAAUGUUGACAGAUUUGUUGACAAUCAGCUCUCAUAGAUCAUUCUAGCAAAGUGAUAAAGCACAAUUAAUCUAAUAUUGCUGGCUCAUAACCCAGGUGACUAUCAUUGCAAGCAAUGAAUAUAAAAAAAGUGCUAUUUUUUACAAUCAGUAAGGAAAUUAUAAAAGCACAUUGGGACAGACGGAGCUAAACCCCUUGGGAGGAUUAUUUUCUGAAAUUGGAAUACUACCGAUCAUUUAUUUAUUUUAUUUUUUAUUUUUGACUACUGUAUUAAAUAUCCUUAAACGUAAUACUAAGUCACAAAUGUUGAUUGUACAGUAGUAGGCAGUCAGUGUGGUGUCUCGGUGUUGUUGUGUCCUGUAAGUUUUCACCUCAAUUCUCCGUUCGCAUGUUGCUUGUGUCUAUGCCCCCCUCUGUCCUCUCACCCUUUCGCCUCUUCUGUCUAAAUUAAAUGUUCUGUGUUUAGAUUGGGUAUCUGGUAGUGACCCCCCCCCUCCCUUCCCCAUGCAAAGAUAAUCAUUCAUGAUUUUCUUUUUUCUUCCCUCUCCUUUUUCCGUUGUUGCUUUAACCUAGGUUUGUCUCCCUGUUUUGUUUUAUUCUAGAUAUCUUCGUGCCCGUUUGUUCAUCGUUUGCCUAGCAUGUUGAUGUGACGUCAAAAGUUCAUCGUCCAGUGUCCUCUGCACUUCUCUGACGCUUGAAAUGUUCACCAUUUGACCUUUUUGUUAGCUUUUGUCGUUAUUGGAAAAUGUUUUGUUCUGUGUUUCUCUUUUGUCCUUUGUGCUGCCAAUAGGGUGCGCUAGAAAGACUGCCAA